CACUUGUUUUUGCCGGCGCGCGUGUUGAUUUUUUGCUCAGCUGUUGUUGUUGCUGUUACGCCUGCUUGGAUUUGGAUUUGUUGAAUACUUUUGGGAAGUAUUCACUUUGGCAAUAGCCAUGCUACGAACACAGCUCUUGCAGAAUGUGUGCUGGCGCGUCUCAUUGCGGGCUGCUGCACAAAGAGCUGCAACGUCGACGGCGACGCCAACGUCGCAUGGAUGUCUGCGUUAUGCAAUGACAAUGGCCAGGAACAGGAGCAGGACGACGCUGCUGCCAAGCGUGAGUAGCUGCAGUAGCUAUGCCACCACAGCUGCCUCCACACGAACCUCAACGCACAAGAAACGCACAGGCAAAUCCGGAGGCAGUGUGGAGCACACAGUUAAAGUCAGUGUCGAGGAUCUGUGGACACAGCUGGAGACGUACUACAAGCAACACAGUGUCUUCCGCUUCGAGCACUGCGAGCGUCUGCUGCAGCAGCUGGAAUCGACUGCGACUGCUGCCUCAGAACCUUCUCCUCCUUCUCCGCUCAAUGCAGCCCAGCUGCAUUUCCUGCUGAGUUCCUGUGUGCCGGAACUGCUGCCCGUGCAGACGAGCCGGGAGCGAUUGUUGCUCUUCCGCCGCAUAUGGGCACAGCUGCUGAAGGUGGAGCAGCCGACGCUGUCUCAUUAUCACACACAGCUGCAGAUGCUGCGCCAGAAUCAGCUGGCAUUGCCAGAUCAUCGGGCGCUGCUCGCCGAGAUUGCCACCUACAAUGGAGCACCGGAUGCGUCUUUAUAUAGUGCCAUGCUGGAUGUGGCCGGGGCAAGCGGCAAUAUGCGGCAAGCCACCGAACUGUUGGCUGAAAUGCGGCAACUCAACUUUGCCCUCACCGAGGGCAACUUUCAUGCCCUGCUCCUGGGCCAUGCCCGCAGUGGAGAUCUGCCUGGCGUGAAGAAUGUGCUGAACAGCAUGCUGGCCGCCAACAUUCCUCCCUCGGUCAGCACCCAAGCCCUGUGUGUGGUCUCCUAUGUGGAGAAUGGUCAGAUGGACAAGGCACGCGAUCUUCUCAAGCAGCAUGCGGAUCAGUUCAAUGCGCCGCAGCUCCUGCAAAUGCUGCGAGCUGUGCUCAGCUGUCAGCAGGUGGACACUCAGCUGAUGCAACAGCUGGUUGCACAGCUGCCCAAGGAGUAUGUGAAUGACGUGGAUGUGCCGCCGGCAAUCAACAGUCUCUGCAUCCAGCUGCUGCAUCGGGAGCAGGCUGAGCUGAUGAUCCAACUGGUGGCGAUGUUGCCAUCUCCCAGCUACAACGAGAACCAGAACAUCGAUGGCUAUGCCUCCUUGCUGCUGCACGAACUCUUCCGCGCCCACACGCCCCUCGACCAGAUGCUCCAGUUUGCCGGCCAGCUGCGGGAACGUGGCCAAAACACCCGCGCCCUGCAGGUGCUCACCGAGCUGGCGCUGCGUCGUCAGCCGUCGGUGGCACUGAGCUGCCUGGAGGCAUUGAGUGCGGCUGGGGAGCCACUGCGUCCGCAUUACUUCUGGCCUCUGCUGCUGCACCACCACAAGCGGGAGGGCGAGAGUGGCGUGCUGCGUGUGCUGGCCGAGAUGCAGCGACUGCGGGUGGAGUGCGAUGAGCCAACGUUGCGUCUCUAUGUGCUGCCCAAUCUGUGGCAGACGUUGCAACAGCCACGCCAGGCACUGCAGCAGCUGGACGAUGUGGGCGUGCGUGCCUCGCAGACGAUGGCCCAUGUGCUCAUCCAACUGCUGCAGCAGCAGCAGGUGUCGCCGGCACUGGAGCUGCUGCAACUGUAUCCGACACGGCUGCAGCUCUCGACGCUGGUGGCACCACUGGCCGCACUGGCUGUGCACCUGCGUGCCACAAAGCGUUACGCAUCCUUUGCCCAGCUGACGCAGGCGCUGCAACAACGAUCCCUGCAACGCCAGGAGGACUUUGUCGGUGCGCUGCUGCUGCAGAUGUGUGCGGCACAGUCGCGUCUGCGCCAGGAGCCGGACUCCCUGCUGCGCUUCCUCCACGAACUGCAGCGACACGAGCUCAAGGUGUCCCCGACAGCGGCGGAGUCGCUGCUCAACAUGGCCACCAACUGUGAUGUGGACACACGACAAUCGAUUGCCAAGACGCUGCAAAAGAUGCGGAAUGCAGAGCUUACUCUGCCACCAGAUGCCGUUGCCAGCGGUGGUUUCAUUAAGCAUCCCCGCGACAUGUCCCUGGACGAGCUGGAGUGUCAUCUCAUUGAGCUGGAGGCGAAGCAACUGAAUACACGCGGCGUACUCCGUCGCCUCCUCCAGCUGAGUGUGCGGGAUGGUCGUCUCGAGCGUGCCCUCGAGCUGCAAGCCAAGUGUGAGGCGCUGCAUGUCCAGAUCAGUCCCGGCAUGCUGGCCGCCAUCCUCGAUCUGCACAUCAAGCUGAAGAAUCUGACGCGUGCCGAGCAGAGUCUGCUGCGUCUGCAGAAAACCUAUCCAGGCUUCCAGAUAGACGAGCACAAGCUGAUUGACUAUGCCGCCUUGUUGGUGCAUCAUGGCCAGCUGGAUGAGGCCAAGCAGCUGCUGCAACGUCGAGCGGAACAGCAGCGGAUCAAUGGCGGCGACUAUGUGAUCAAGAACGUCUGGCAGCUGCUCAACAAUGUUGCCCAAUUGGCCGCCAAGGAGCCGCUUCCCGAGUCCGGUCGCACCAGCACAUUUGAAAUGUUCGAAUUCCUGCGCAAACUUGGCUAUUGCCAGGCACACAAUGCGCUCCUGGGUCCCGUGCUGCGGGAGUGGCUGCUGCGCGGGGAUCUGGACGGUGCUGUGGCGGAAUUUCAACGACUUGCCACACGCCACAAGCACACGCCGUUGCAGUUCGAGUUGAUGUCGCUGCUGGUGAAGUUGAGCAAUGGCGAUGAGGCGACACUGGCACGCUUUCCAGCCACAACCAAGGAGUCCGCCCAACAGCAUCUGGCGAAUGUGACGGCGACAGUUACCCGUGUCCAUGGGGCGGUCAACAUGAAUAGCGCCUUGCUGCUGGCACUUGCCGAAUCCGGCACUGAGACGCAGCUACGUCGUCUCAUUAUUAAUCCAGAGUUCCGGCUGAAUCACGAGCAGCUGCUCAAGAAUUGUGAGCACCUGGGGCAGGAGGGCGCCGUUCGCACCUUGCUGCGCCUGGCGAGGGGUGCUCGUGGACUUCAACGGUCCAUCGAUGAGCAGCGCAUCUACGACAUGCUCCUCAAUCAGUUUGUCAAGACCAACAACUACGAGGGAGCACUGGAUCUAUACGAUCGCCUGCAGGCUGACGAUGAGCUGAAGGUUUCACAGGACUUUGUCCGUAAUCUUGUGCAGCUGCUGCAGGUCAACAAUGUUGAGAUUCCCAGCAGCAUUGCACUGCGCGCUCAGAUCAGAUAGUAAGGCAUUUCUAGUUAUCAGUUCAAUUCUGUUAUUAUAUUGUUUAUAUUAACUACUUAUUAGUAAAUUUACAACUUUUAAUAUUUACGAGUA